AUGAAAUUUCUAAUAGCAAUAUUUAUAGUAUUUGUUGAAAUUUCUGCUGAAAAACUUGAAAUAAGAAAAUAUUUCGAAUGCAUUGAUAUCAAUAAAAAUAUUGAUUUUUUUGAUAUUUGUGAUAAAAACAUGACAAUCUAUAAAACUCGACAAAGAAGUUUGCAAGCUUAUCCUUCAGCUUCACAAAAAAAUGUAUGGUUUUUCGACUUGAAUCUUGAUAUUCCAAUGGAAACCCUACUGAAUUCUAAUCAAUUUUCAAUGAUUCUCAAAAACGCGAUUAUCGAUGAGGUUAAAAUAUUGGAGUUGGGAAAUCUCAAAACACUUUUUGCUCAUAGAAAUGUGUGCAUUUUCACUUUGGAUUUGAAAUAUUUGUCAAAAAUCGAGAGAUAUGUUAGACAAUUAAUUUUUUAUCGAAAAUUUGUGGUUGUUUUGAGAAAUCGUGAAAUUGUUUUCUGGAAUUUUAACAAUGUUAAAUGUUUGCGAAACAAAUAA